UCCAGUGUGGAAAAUAUAUUUGGAAUCUUGAAUUGAGCUCUCACUCUUUGAGACUCAUAUCAGAAAUGCAGUGAUUGAUUGGAAGAACCGAAUCCGAAGAGGUAAAGAAGAAGCCCUCGCCGACUCACGCAGGCGCGAGCCACUUCAGGAACAAAGAGAAGAUGUGGUAAGCUCAAUAAAAUGCAGAGAAUCAGUUCCAAGAAGUUAUGUGGUCUAUGCUUGAAUUGUAGUAUUCGCUUAUUUCCUGCCAAGCAAAAUGCUACCAAAAAAGAAUCGUUUUUUCAUUUGGAAUCUCAUAUAACAUCAAAUUCCCUGCUCUUUUCCACUCUGGGUUCCCCAAAGUUUGCAUCGAAAGAUAAUCCUAUUUCUGGCGAUGGAAAGUUCAACACGAUGAAUGAACCGAAAAGAGGACGAGAUUUUAUUUACAUUGAUAAAGAAACUGAGUUUUCUCGGGAAAGUCAAAUGCCAGAUCAUGAUGAGUUCUCUGCUGAUGUUGAGAAGAUAUAUAGAAUGCUUAGAAAGUACCAUUCUAGAGUUCCGAAACUGGAAUUUGCUUUGAAUGAAUCCGGUGUUGUAGUUAGGUCUGGACUGGUGGAAAGAGUGCUUAAUCGCUGUGGGGAUGCUGGGAAUUUAGGAUACAGAUUCUUUGUGUGGGCAUCGAAACAGCCAGGUUACAGGCAUAGUUAUGAUGCCUAUAAAUCAAUGAUUAAGAUUUUAAGCAAAAUGAGGCAGUUUGGAGCUGUUUGGGCUCUUAUAGAGGAGAUGAGGAAAGAAAAUGCUCACCUCUUAUCGCCGGAUGUUUUUGUCAUUCUGAUGAGAAGAUUCGCAUCUGCGAGAAUGGUGAAAAAGGCCAUCGAAGUGUUGGAUGAGAUGCCAAAAUACGGGUGUGAGCCGGAUGAAUAUGUUUUUGGGUGUCUGUUGGAUGCUUUGUGUAAAAAUGGCAGUAUAAAGGAAGCUGCUUUGCUGUUUGAAGAUAUGAGGAUACGAUUUCCGCCAACAAUAAAACAUUUUACAUCACUAUUAUAUGGUUGGUGUAAAGAAGGAAAGUUGAUGGAGGCUAAAGUGGUGCUGGUAAAAAUGAGGGAAGCUGGUUUUGAGCCUGAUAUUGUUGUUUACAACAAUUUGCUUAAUGGAUACGCAACAGCAGGUAAGAUGUUGGAUGCUUUCCAUCUCAUGCAAGAGAUGAGGAGGAACGGGUGUGAGCCAAAUGCAACUUCAUAUACCAUCAUAAUUCAAGCGCUCUGUGCUCAGGAGAAAACGGAAGAGGCUGUGAGAGUAUUUCUGGAUAUGGAGCAACAUGGUUGUGAGGCUGAUAUCGUUACUUACACCACUUUGAUAAGUGGAUUUUGUAAGUGGGGUAAGCUUGAAAAGGGCUACGAGCUUCUAGGUGCUAUGUUGCAGAAAGGGUAUACUCCUAACUCAACUACUUAUCUGUACUUCAUGUUAGCGCAUGAGAAGAAGGAGGAAUUGGAGGAGUGUCUAGAACUUAUGAAGGAGAUGCGGAAGAUCGGCGUGUUUCCUGACUUAAGCAUAUAUAACACAGUUAUUCGUUUGGCAUGCAAGUUAGGGGAGACUCAAGAUGGUAUGAGAAUGAUGAAUGAGUUAGAAACAUAUGGGAUUAGUCCAGGGGUUGACACCUUUAUAAUCAUGAUUAAUGGUCUCAUUGAGCAAGGGUGUUUGGUUGAAGCUUGCGAUUAUUUCAGCGAAAUGAUAGGGAGAGGUCUUCUAGCUUCUCCACAGUAUGGCAUCCUGAAAGACUUGUUGAAUUGUUUGUUAAGAGCAGAUAAACUUCAAUUGGCUAAAGAUAUCUGGUCUUGUAUAAUAGCUAAGGGUUGUGAGCUUAAUGUGAAUGCAUGGACAAUUUGGAUUCACGCACUCUUUUCAAAUGGGCACGUCAAAGAUGCUUGCUCUUACUGUGUGGAUAUGAUGGAUGCUGGGUUGAUGCCUCAGCCGGAUACCUUUGCUAAGCUCAUGAAAGGUCUAAGGAAGCUCUAUAAUAGACAGAUUGCAGCAGAGAUCACAGAGAAAGUGAGGAAGAUGGCUGAAGAGAGGCAGAUGACUUUCAAGAUGUACAAAAGGCGCGGCGAAAGAGAUUUGAUAGAAAAAGCCAAGGCAAAGGAGGAUGGGAGAAAGAGGAGAGCACGCAAGCGCCGUUGGGGAAGUAAAAGUAGGAAGGCUGGCGACUUAUGAGUUGAGUACAGGGAAUUGUUAUCCAUUGGAUUCAUUGUAAAAGCAUGAUGCCUCUUAGACAUAGCAGUGUGGUAAGUCCUUUUCAAACUAACUGUCUCUCUCACAUUGAUUUAUUAUCUUUAUGUGGUGAUGAUUUAACUGGA